CGUUUCGGUUGUCAGUUUUUACAAUCUGUAGCUGAGUUGUGUUUUAGCGAUUCGAAUACCCGGUUAAGUUUUUCGCAACAAAUCCGCGUACUCGUAUAGGUGUUGCAACGUUAAAUAAAAUUGUGCUUUUGUACUUAAACUCGUAUUUGUACCACACAAAUAAUUAAAUUAUACAAGUACGUAAUUAUACGCAGUUGAAGAACCUCAAAUAAUACUGUUCCAAGUGAUUUCAAAACUCAUCUCUUUCCAUUAUGAUUGAGCGUGAAAUAAUACACACCUCCACUGCUUCUAAGCGUUUGUUCGAUGUCUUGCAAGAUGUGUUGCAGUUCCUUGUGCUCUUUGUUCGGAUUCUGUUGGAGCUGUUUGUAAAUCUGGCUGAGAAGAUUUUGUCAAGAAACCUAAAAGACAUCAGUGGAGAAGUCGUGCUGAUAACCGGCACAGGUCAUGGCAUUGGACAGGAACUGGCGUUGCAUUAUGCCACCUGGGGCAGCACUGUGGUGUGUGUCGAUAUUAAUGAGAAAAAUAAUCUGGAAACUGUGAAAAAGGCUAGGCGCCUCAAUCAGGGGGCUGUGCACAGUUUUAUCUGCGAUGUUUCGAAUCGCGCUGAGGUGCUUUCAUUGGCCGAACGCGUGAAAUCUGAAGUGGGUCCGGUGACGGUGCUGGUCAAUAAUGUUGGGAUAAUGCCGACACAUCCAUUGACGCAACACACCGAAACGGAGAUACAAAAAGUGUUUAACGUCAACGUCUUCUCACAGUUCUGGGCCCUUGAGGCCUUCCUGCCACAAAUGAAGGAGCUGGGACGUGGCCACAUUAUCUCACUCUCCUCAAUAGCCGGUAUUGUGGGACUCUCGAAUUUGGUGCCAUACUGUGCCACAAAGUUUGCAGUACGCGGCAUGAUGGAGGCAUUGCAUGAGGAGCUGCGCGAAGGACCCUAUGCAGAUCUGAUAAAAACUACAACCAUAUAUCCAUAUAUGACCAAUACGGGCUUGUGUAAGCAUCCGAAGGUCAAGUUUCCAUCAAUACUGGGCCUAUUGGAUCCGAAAGAAGUGGCCAUGCGGAUUGUCGAGGCGCAUCGUGGGGACUGCCUGGAGACAACGAUCCCCAAGAGCCUGCUCCAUAUCAAUAAUUGGACCAGACUACUGCCUCUUAAGUGCGGUCACUUACUCAAGGACUACAUUGACAGUGGCGUAGAAUCGGAUUUGAUUUAGAUUUGGAUUGCCCUUCAUUUUUAUGUAAAUGAAUAUUUUAUAUUUUAUAUUGUGGUUCAUAUAAAAGGAAUGCUGUACAGUUUUUAAAAAAUUUAAAAACAAA